AUGCAGCCGUCAUUCCAGGCCACUCCCCUCAGGUCGCUCCCAUCCACUCCCCGUCCCGGAGGAGUCAUGGAAACUCUUCCACAUUCAUUGCAUAUAAAAGUUAGCAGUGAUAGAACCUACAGAGUGGAGUCUGAGCUGGAGUCUGAGCUGGAGUCUAAACUGGAGUCUGAGCUGGAGUCUAAGCUGGAGUCUAAGCUGGAGUCUGAGCUGGAGUCUAAGCUGGAGUCUGAGCUGGAGUCUGAGCUGGAGUCUGAGCUGGAGUCUAAGCUGGAGUCUAAGCUGGAGUCUGAGCUGGAGUCUGAGCUGGAGUCUAAACUGGAGUCUAAACUGGAGUCUAAGCUGGAGUCUAAGCUGGAGUCUAAGCUGGAGUCUAAGCUGGAGUCUAAGCUGGAGUCUGAGCUGGAGUCUGAGCUGGAGUCUAAGCUGGAGUCUAAACUGGAGUCUAAGCUGGAGUCUAAGCUGGAGUCUAAACUGGAGUCUAAGCUGGAGUCUAAGCUGGAGUCUAAGCUGGAGUCUAAGCUGGAGUCUGAGCUGGAGUCUAAGCUGGAGUCUGAGCUGGAGUCUGAGCUGGAGUCUGAGCUGGAGUCUAAGCUGGAGUCUAAGCUGGAGUCUGAGCUGGAGUCUGAGCUGGAGUCUAAACUGGAGUCUAAACUGGAGUCUAAGCUGGAGUCUAAGCUGGAGUCUAAGCUGGAGUCUAAGCUGGAGUCUAAGCUGGAGUCUAAGCUGGAGUCUGAGCUGGAGUCUGAGCUGGAGUCUAAGCUGGAGUCUAAGCUGGAGUCUGAGCUGGAGUCUAAGCUGGAGUCUAAGAUGGAGUCUAAGCUGGACUGGAGUCUAAGCUGGACGGAGUCUAAACUGGAGUCUAAACUGGAGUCUAAGCUGGAGUCUAAGCUGGAGUCUAAGCUGGAGUCUAAUCUGGAGUCUAAGCUGGAGUCUAAGCUGGAGUCUAAGCUGGAGUCUGAGCUGGAGUCUGAGCUGGAGUCUGAGCUGGAGUCUAAGCUGGAGUCUAAGCUGGAGUCUGAGCUGGAGUCUAAGCUGGAGUCUAAACUGGAGUCUAAACUGGAGUCUAAGCUGGAGUCUAAGCUGGAGUCUAAGCUGGAGUCUAAUCUGGAGUCUAAGCUGGAGUCUAAGCUGGAGUCUAAGCUGGAGUCUGAGCUGGAGUCUGAGCUGGAGUCUGAGCUGGAGUCUAAGCUGGAGUCUAAGCUGGAGUCUAAGCUGGAGUCUGAGCUGGAGUCUAAACUGGAGUCUAAGCUGGAGUCUAAGCUGGAGUCUAAGCUGGAGUCUAAGCUGGAGUCUGAGCUGGAGUCUGAGCUGGAGUCUAAACUGGAGUCUAAACUGGAGUCUAAACUGGAGUCUGAGCUGGAGUCUGAGCUGGAGUCUAAACUGGAGUCUAAGCUGGAGUCUAAGCUGGAGUCUAAGCUGGAGUCUAAGAUGGAGUCUAAACUGGAGUCUGAGCUGGAGUCUGAGCUGGAGUCUAAACUGGAGUCUAAACUGGAGUCUAAUCUGGAGUCUAAUCUGGAGUCUAAGCUGGAGUCUGAGCUGGAGUCUAAGCUGGAGUCUGAGCUGGAGUCUAAGCUGGAGUCUAAGCUGGAGUCUGAGCUCGAGUCUAAGCUGGAGUCUAAGAUGGAGUCUGAGCUGGAGUCUGAGCUGGAGUCUAAGCUGGAGUCUAAGAUGGAGUCUAAGCUGGAGUCUGAGCUGGAGUCUAAUCUGGAGUCUAAACUGGAGUCUAAGCUGGAGUCUAAACUGGAGUCUAAGCUGGAGUCUAAGCUGGAGUCUAAGCUGGAGUCUAAGCUGGAGUCUAAACUGGAGUCUAAACUGGAGUCUGAGCUGGAGUCUAAACUGGAGUCUAAACUGGAGUCUAAUCUGGAGUCUAAGAUGGAGUCUGAGCUGGAGUCUAAUCUGGAGUCUAAACUGGAGGAGUCUGAGCUGGAGUCUAAGCUGGAGUCUGAGCUGGAGUCUAAACUGGAGUCUAAACUGGAGUCUAAUCUGGAGUCUAAGCUGGAGUCUAAGCUGGAGUCUAAGCUGGAGUCUGAGCUGGAGUCUAAGCUGGAGUCUGAGCUGGAGUCUAAGCUGGAGUCUGAGCUGGAGUCUAAGCUGGAGUCUAAGCUGGAGUCUGAGCUGGAGUCUAAGCUGGAGUCUAACAUGGAGUCUAAGCUGGAGUCUAAGCUGGAGUCUAAGCUGGAGUCUGAGCUGGAGUCUGAGCUGGAGUCUAAGCUGGAGUCUAAAAUGGAGUCUAAGCUGGAGUCUAAGAUGGAGUCUAAGCUGGAGUCUGAGCUGGAGUCUAAUCUGGAGUCUAAAAUGGAGUCUAAACUGGAGUCUAAACUGGAGUCUAAGCUGGAGUCUAAGCUGGAGUCUAAGCUGGAGUCUAAACUGGAGUCUAAACUGGAGUCUAAACUGGAGUCUGAGCUGGAGUCUAAACUGGAGUCUAAACUGGAGUCUAAUCUGGAGUCUAAGAUGGAGUCUGAGCUGGAGUCUAAGCUGGAGUCUGAGCUGGAGUCUAAGCUGGAGUCUAAACUGGAGUCUAAUCUGGAGUCUAAUCUGGAGUCUAAGCUGGAGUCUGAGCUGGAGUCUAAGCUGGAGUCUAAACUGGAGUCUAAGCUGGAGUCUGAGCUGGAGUCUAAGCUGGAGUCUAAGAUGGAGUCUAAGCUGGAGCUGAGCUGGAGUCUAAGCUGGAGUCUGAGCUAG